CGUCAUUGUCAGUCGUUCCGGUGAAUAAAAGAAACUCGGUCUGUAAAUUCGGAUAUUCGCUGUUUCAUCACAGACCGGACCAGGUGAAGUGUGUCAGGGUUGUUAGUGAGGAUGGUGAUGAUGAAGGUGUUGGUCGUGGUGAUGGUGACGUUGGUGUCCCUCACACUCGGAUUUCCCACACAGGAGACAGGAAAGGGAAAGAACUGGGUCGUCCUUGUCGCUGGAUCUAAUGGCUGGUACAACUAUAGACACCAGGCCGAUGUGUGUCACGCAUAUCAGAUCGUCCAUAAGAACGGGAUUCCAGACGAGCAGAUUGUGGUGAUGAUGUACGAUGACCUGGCGCGCAGUUCGGACAACCCGACUCCAGGAGUGAUCAUCAACAAGCCCAAUGGUUCAGACGUGUAUAAAGGAGUGCUGAAGGAUUACAUCGGUGAAGCUGUGACCCCUGAGAAUUUCCUGGCAGUUCUGAAGGGUGAUGCGAGCGCUGUGAAAGGAGGAUCAGGGAAAGUGCUGAAGAGCGGGCCAGACGAUCAUGUUUUUGUUUAUUUCACGGACCAUGGUGCUCCUGGGCUCUUGGCCUUCCCCAACAGUGAGCUCUAUGUGAACGAUCUGAUGGAAACAAUCCAGUACAUGCGCAAAAACAACAAGUACAAGAAGAUGGUGUUCUACAUAGAGGCGUGUGAGUCCGGCUCUAUGAUGAAGCCCCUGCCGGUUGACAUUGACAUUUACGCCACCACGGCAGCGAACCCCCACGAGUCGUCCUACGCCUGUUACUAUGACGAGGCCCGAGACACGUACCUGGGUGACCUGUACAGCGUUAACUGGAUGGAGGAUUCGGAUGUGGAGGAUCUGAGUAAAGAGACACUUUCUAAGCAGUUCAAGAUAGUCAAGAGUGAGACCAACACCAGCCACGUCAUGCAGUAUGGUAACAAGACCAUGUCCAGUAUGAAGGUGAUUCAGUUCCAGGGUAACUCUCUGGGCGGAGCCAGGCUGGCUGAACCUGUGUCGUUGCCCCCGGUUACACGCCGUGAUGUCACACCCAGCCCCGAUGUCUACCUGUCAGUCCUGAAGAAGAAGCUGAUGAAGACUAAUGACAUCACUGAUGCCAGGGGUUACCUGAUGGAGAUCAGCGCCCACAUGAAGGUGCGUGAGCUGCUGGCGAACACCAUGCGUAAGGUGGCGGAGCGAGUGAUAAACACACACCUGGAGGUUCAGCAAGUGGUGGAGGAGCGUCAGGAGCUCACACAGUACGAGUGUUACAGAGCCGCGGCCACACACUUCAAAACACACUGCUUUAACUGGCAUGAUCAGCAGUACGAGUACGCUCUCAGACACCUGUACGUGCUGGUGAAUCUGUGUGAGAGGGGACACCAGGCUCAGAGGAUCAUGGCGGCUAUGGAUGAUGUCUGCUACUUCCGGCAGUGAACACACACACACGCGCGCGUCCGCACACGGGUAUGAAGAUGGAUGAUGGCGUCUCGGCUGAUUCUGCGUUUUGCACAAAUCACAACUGAGAAAGAUUUUAUCGCAAUCACACUAGUUUUAUUGUUUUUAUUGGCUCUUUUAAUGAAUGUUCUGUUGCUUUUAACAAAGUAUGAAUGACUUUUUUUGUGUUUAAAUGUUAAUUUUAGAAUUUUGGGGAAAAUCACUAAAGAGUGUCUCGUGUUGAGAAGAGCUGCUGAUGAAAGGAUAAAAUGUGUAUACAUGCAAUGAUCACACACACACAUACACACACACACACUCUUUCUCUCUCUUGUUUUAUGAGAUUUGAGAGCUCACAGCGCCACCCAGUGGUCAUAACUCUGAUCAUGAUUUAAACUCCUCUGCUGAUAAGAGUCUUGAGUUUAUUAUUCUGACUUGAUGACUUUGAGUGGUCUUGUUUAAAUAGUUAGUCCAGUGUGUGUGUGUGUGUGUGUGUGUGUGUGUGUGUGUGUGUGAUUUGAGGUGUGUUAAAUCUCUUAUUUCUGCACUGAGUGUUACUGACUCUAACCCUGUAAUAACUGCAUGCUCGUUACAUUUAAUCUCUAGCUGUUAAAGAUGUGCUGCAUGUGGGAGCUGCAGGGAUUCAACUGAGAGUAAAAGAAAUUUUUAUUUCACUGACAUUCAGAAACCAAAGCAGUCUCAUGUCCGUUUGAUCUGAUUCUUUAAAUAAAUCUGGAUCUGAACUGUG